UUAAUUUGCUAUUUACAAGGGCGUUACAGAAGUCCACGGUCUGGUCUUUCUGCCCCCGGGCGUUAUAAAUAGUAAAGGUUAAUUAGUUAGCUGAGAAAUUGGAUCAGGGGCGGGCUGUUAGAAUUUGAUCCAUAGACAGGUAACUCAAGCAAACCCCAUUGUCACAGCAAUCAGACCUAUAUAAAUCCGCCUUGACGGACAGCAGUCACCACAUAGCCUUACCUCUCUUGCUGGAUCACCGACCUGGGCGAGAACCCCCUCAUACACGGAAUAAAAUGUCGCUCUCAUCUAUCCUCUCUGCUGAUGCCAUCGACAGCGCUAUCAAGGACUGCCAAGCUCCAGAAUCCUUCUGCCCAAAGAAGUUCUUCCAACUGUGUGGCCUCACCAAGAAGAGCCCUCAGGACGUGAAGAAGGUUUUUGGGAUCCUGGACAAUGACGCCAGUGGUUUUAUCGAGGAGGAAGAACUCAAGUUUUUCCUCCAGAGGUUUGUGCCGGGGGCUCGCGUUCUGACGGACAAGGAGACCAAGGCCUUCCUGAGCGCCGCCGACGACGAUAGCGACGGUCGGAUUGGAGCAGAUGAGUUCCAGGCCAUGGUGUUGUCCUAAACAACUGGACUCCAGCUCUCCAACUAGAUCCCGUCCCCACGUCACCUCUGCCCAACCGCUUCUAGGCCUCUUAGUUUAGUCAGUUUCUCCCGGUUAGAUAAAACCUUUCCGACUCUUUUUAUUCUGCAAGAAUUCCUCCGGUCCACAGAUGUCAACAUUCAUGUAAUCUUUAUUUAUUUGUUUUUUUUUGCUCCUUUUUCAUAUGUUUUAGACGGAUCAACAAGCUGCAUCGCCCGAAUAAAUGUACACUUUACCGAAUCAACGAAAAUAAACCAAUAAAACCAAA